UAAAUUCCAGCAAUGUGCAGACUGACUAGAGGCGUUGUUGAUUAAAUAGUAACUGUUAUUAACUUUCUUUAUAGUGGAUAUAUGUGGAGAAAAACUUGUGAAAAAGGUGUUAUAAAAACAAGUUGGAUGAUUAAAUAUGUGAUAUAUAGUGAAGUGGAAUUUUGUACAAAUGUUUCAUAUAUUAAGGACAUAUCUUCGAAAUAUAUUAGGGGUCAGAUUUAUUCAGAGAACCUCCGGAAAAUACCUUUUAAGCUGAAGUAAGAGGGGGUUAUCAAUGGCGCUUCACUCUGGCAGAAAACUGCAGCACAUUAUAAACAAUCUCAAUGCUGACCGCCACCCAGGAUCCCACUUCCCGCUUCCCUCGCCGCCCUCCGUCCACGGGGAUAUCAUCGCUUCCGGGGAUCCACGGCCGCCCAACCGUCUCUCGCCGCGCGUCAUGGUCGGGGUGGAACUUAACAUUCUGAAAGGCCGUGGGAGACGUCACAGCGACUGUUGCAGCACGGGCUCCUCUCGGCACGUAUCCCCCGUGCUGUCCAGCGUCCCGAGUUCCCGCGGGUCCGACCGGUCCUCGUCGCCCCCCGUCAUCUCGUCCGGAAGUCGUUCCGGCAAGACAUCUGCACGGAUAGAGGAUCAGUUGGAUGCCUAUAUGCAGUGGAUAAAUUCACAAUUAAAAAAGAAACCUGGAACUAGACUUGUUGAAGAUUUACGCAAUGAUACAAGAGAUGGAGUUGCCUUCAUUGACCUUCUAAGUGUCAUAGCUGGAGAGGACAUAGCAGGAGUCCAUGAUGUGCCAUCCACCUACGCAGAGAUGAAAGAGAACGUGGAACGUAUCCUGCAUUUUAUGGCAGCUAAGAAAAUUAGGAUGCAUCACAUUAUGGCUAAAGACAUAGUGGAUGGUAACCUGAAGUCAAUCAUGCGACUUAUUUUGGCCCUGGCGGCCCACUACAAGCCAAACAGCGUAAAACACUCAUCGUCAUCUAGUAGGGGAUCUACCAAGUCAGACAGACGCAGUCCUAAUGUCAGUGCCAUAGCUCAGGGAGCAUCUGCCGCCCUGACAGCCGCUAGGAGAAACGUAGCCAAAGCUGGUAGCAGUUUCAGGCGAAAGGGCAGGGAUUAUCAUCAUAGACGUCAUUACAACAAUGAGAGCAGUUCAGACCAGUACAGUGACUCGGACACAAGUUUCCAUGCAGACCACCCUCGCUAUGUGCCAGGGCGGGAACGCGGCGAUGUUGACGGGGCCAGUGCAGGCAGCUCUCCGACGAGCCACGUGCACAGCCCACCAACUUUGAUGGCAUCGUCCACGUCGUCUGUUGGAGCAGACACACCCCUCACCACCCUCUCUGUCAUGUCAUCUGUGUCCAAGAGUCGAUCUGCCGAUUACAUCUCAUGUAAAGACAGUGGUACGGAGCUUGAGGACAGUGUGUUCACCCCGGCACGAGGCCCCACCGUCCAGAAGGCCCAAUAUGACGACCUGCUCUCAGAGUACCUGAAACUGGCUGAUGCAAUGGCGACUAUCAAGAAAGAUCUCUCACAACUUCAGGAUCUAUUGUUGAGUGGGCAGCCCCCGGAUGGAGCUGAGAGCAGGUCGCGGGAAUACGUUGAGGGAACAACGCCGGAAGAACAAAUUGUGAUACUUCAAAGUCAGUUACAACAGUCGAAGGACGUUUGCCAGGAGCUGAGGGAAGACCUUUCCAAAAACAAGCUCGAACUCAUGAAGGUCCAGGGUGUUAAGUCUGGCCUCCAACAGAGAAUCACAGACCAGGAGACAACCAUUUCCCAGCUCAAGUCUGAGUUACUACGCAGAGACUUCCAGAAACAAAACUUUGACUCCGAACAGAUUAACAUUUCCAAACAGAUACAAGAUAAAGACAAGAUGAUAUCAGAUUUAAGAAAAGACAUAACCCGUCGAGACCAGCGAAUAGACCACCUCCAACACGAGAUUCAAAUGCAGAUAGCAGAUAAAGAAAGCGUGACAAAGUCCCUAAAGCUACAGGUUAAGGAGCUUGGCGAUCGUUUCCGUGUUGUAGAUGAGACUGGUACUGGAGCGGACGAGCUAGGAGUGUUACGCGAGUCCCUCGGCAGCCUGCGUCAAUGUUUUUCCCCCGCUGACCCCCACCAGCACACUCUGGACACUAUCGAACAGGGGAUAUCUACGCUCCUUGAGAGACUGCCCUCCUCACAUAACUCAAGCAGCAGUAGCUCCGGGCAUUUGGGCGGGUAUGACCAGCAUGUGUCUCGGAAGCUGAAUUUUGACGGCACGGGUGAUAUACGCCGCUCCCCGAUCACUGCCAUCCCAGGUAGUAGACAAACAAGUUUCAACCCCAACAAACUUGAUAGUCCCCCACUAACCAACUGUACAAAGGUGCUCUAUUUCAAAGACAGCUCUACUACGCCAUCGAUGCUCACCAUUAACAAGAGGCUAGGGGAGAUCACUCUACACGAUUUUAAAGGCGCGUUUGAUCGGCCAGGCCAGUACAGAUACCAUUUUAAAGCACUUGACCCCGAGUUCGGCACUGUGAAAGAAGAGAUUUCCAAUGAGGAAACCAUUAUACCGGGGUGGGAGGGUAAAAUUGUGGCCUGGAUAGAGCCAGACACAGGCCAAUGAUUUCACUUCAUGUAUAGAAUGACAUUAAGAAUGGGAUUAUACCUAAUCCAACAUAUACAUACGUAUUACCCCACCUGUUAAUUUAUUUUACUUUUUACUGAUUAUUGAUUUUGGACUGAAACUGUUAAUAUCAGAUCCAAACAUUUAAUAUUGGAGUUAAACUGUUACUGUUGAACCGAAACUGUUACUAUAAGACUAAAACUGUUAGUAUGUGACUUUAACUGUUAGCCAUUGACUCGAACUGUUUAUGUUCAACUGAAUAUGUAUAUAUCAGUCUUAAACUGUUAAUAAUGAUCUUAAACUGGUGAUAUCUGGUGUGAGCUGUUACAAAUUAACUACAACUGGUAAUAUUAGACUCGAGCUGUUGAGCCAAGGGGCCAAGAUUACGAAUAGUCUUAAGUCUGAGUUCAGACUCAAGUUGUUGAGCCAAGGGGCCAAGAUUACGAAUAGUCUUAAGUCUGAGUUCAGACUCAAGCUGUUGAGCCAAGGGGCCAAGAUUACGAAUAGUCUUAAGUCUGAGUUCAGACUCAAGCUGUUGAGCCAAGGGGCCAGAUUAU